AGUUAAGGAUACGCGUAUCUCCGCAGCAGAGAUAGGCUACCCUGUUACGUACUAUAUUUAUUUUGUGGUAGGGCACACUUAGAACUCAAUGUACACCCCUGGAAUUUUAUUUGCUACCUGCUUUCCCAUAUUUUAUAUUGUGUGAUGGAUAUCUCUUAGUAUUGAUUCACCUUAAUUAACAGAUAAACAAGGAUCUUUGGCCCCAGUGUCAUAUCUCCCACGCAUAUCUCUGAUGGUAGUGGCUGACUGAAAAUUUGUUUGGUAGUUCCCUCAGCUGUGUUAGAGACAGUGAGGCUCAGGUGCAGCACUGCCUUGCUCUGGAUGCCUCAGGGGCUCAAGCAGUGGGUGGGAUGCAGCAGGGUCUAAGCACCCUUUAUCAUUCAGCCCAGUGUACGGGGUGUGGUGUUUUGUUCAAAGGUUACACACCUUUACGUGCAUAUCUCAGUCACCUCCACCUUUGUGCUACUCAAAUGAUGCCAGCAGACACGUGAUGGAGAAUGUGGCUGUUCUUCUGAAAACAAUCUCUUGGGGCAGGCAGAAGCCCCAAGCAAAGGUGCUCCUUACGUGGUGAUGUCAACCCUGUUGCGUUUGCAGCAGUAAGUUGGGCCACAUUUGGGGCACACCAGCCUGCAUUUCUGGCUGUGACCCCACGCUGUUCUGGUGCAGGGUACAACAACAGAAGCUACUGGAGAACAAAAAGUACAUUAUGGUAGAGUUUUUAAUGGGAUGAAAGAAUGAAGAAAACCAGGGCUACAGCUUCCAUAGGAACCUGUGGGAAGUCAUGAAGCCUACUUUCUAAUGAAUUUGUAUUUGUGGGGUUUUUUUCCAUAGCUUUUAAUAAGAUGUCAACUCAAUUGAAGCUUUUCCUGUCACUGGGGUGGCAUCAAAAGGUCAGAGAGCUGUGUGGGCUCCUCUCAUUAAUGGAGGAGGUGUGCUGCUGUGACCUUGCCCAGUGGGGUGUAUUCUCUUAAAGUUUGCUGAAUAACUUUUUAAUCCUUUGGCUACCUUUCAGCUGAGGGGAUGGAGGGAGAUGAUGAAUACACAGACACAUGGUGUGAUUAUAAAACCUCAUUUUCAUAGAAAACCAGGCUAAUUAUAACUAUAGUGCAUCAAAAGUGACUCUAUCAUCUAAUUCCUCAGUGGUCUGUAGCUUAGUUCCUCCUUAGCAUGGAUUUUAUAGCUUUCACCUGUCUGUCCCUGGGAACACCAACUGCAGUCAUAUGACACCAGUACCUUAUGCAAGAGGCCUGAUUCAGAGAAUGGAGGGCUUUCCAUUAUCAUCUUUCUCCUAAUUCCUCAUGUGGACAGAGAGCAACCUGCUGGUUUGUAGUACUCAGCCUGCCCCAAGAUUCAGAGUAUCAAAGAUGCACCAGAUGCCAUUGGCCGUCUUGGUGUGGUGAGCGCACUAAAACACAGCGUGUCUUGGGCAGAUGGGCACAGAGACCACGGGCUGGCUCAGGGCACAGCUCUGGUAGGUCUGGUCACAAGGCAGGGAUGAGCACAUGCUGCACUCAGCAUUUGCUAAAACUGGCCCUGUUUUCCACUCAAAAAUCUAGGAGCUUCCUUUGAGUCUCUCUUGUGGCAUGCUCUCUGCAUGCAUAGGCUGUGCUACUGGAAAUCUAUUUUUGUUGUGUCCUCUUGACAUUAUUCAUAUAAUAUUUAUUAAGCUUUAUGAAUGUCACCUAUAAAGCACUUAUUUUCUUAGUGGGCCAUUCUGAGUUGUUAUUUAAUAAUGAGUGGUUGAUCUGUACCUUUUAGUAUAUACUUGAAGAGAUUCCUUGGAAGGUGAACAAAUCCCUCUUAAACAGUCAUUACAGAUAAUUGGCUGUCGCUCUUUGUGAAACCAAGCAAUUUCUUACUUGUUUUGUAAAAACAUUAGUCAUAAACCACAAAUUCUUUAACCUCAAGUUCUUCAACCUCAUCUACUAAGCCUUAUACCCUGAGAACAUGACCUUGCAAAUGGAUCCUACCUCUGGCCCGAGUUCACUAAAUAACUGAAGGGUAUGCAGGGAGUUGGUAUUUACACAGUAAGUACCAUGAAGUACUCUUACCAGACUUAAGCCUCAACUUGUAGAAAGUCAUGUCUGUGUUAUUAGGGAUCAUUGCUAGUAUGUAUGUCCUAAAUAGCUCCUCCACUAUUGUGCAACAGAUUCUUUGUAUCUGAAUCAGAAUAGUCAUAAAAAAGGAUUCGCCUGAAAAUUUUCAUCUUGAUGGUAUGAAGUCCCAGUGAGCCAAAAGCAGCAUCAGAAUUGCAUCCCACUUCUUGUCACAACACAGAAAUGAUUCAACAUAUUAAUUUCAACAUCAAGAUAAAUGUGGUGACUUGUUCUAAAGAUGAAAUAAGCAUGCCUUGUUCCGUCCCAUUUAUCUAUGUGGUCGGUGUGAUUUAUUUAUGAAUUUGAAAAAAUGAUGGAUUUAGUCCCAAAGUAAAGACUGUUCUUAAAAAUUACCUUCAGCAGGCUUUUAGCAAGUCCUGAGUAUUGGAAACCUUUUUUGUUUUUGUGUGUUGCUUGGGAUUUUUUUGUUGUUGUUCUUGUGUGAGAAUGUAGUAAAUCUCUGUUUAAAUAAAACCCCUGAAACUUUGAUAUUAGACUCACUGUGAGACUGCAGCUGUGUAAUGAAAAUACAUAAGCAUGUUCCAUGACUAUAAUGGUAAAGACUUUGAUACUUCAAUUAUAAGUACAAUGUCCAUUGCUAUGAUUUGACCUGUACUGUAAGGAAGUAUUUGUAUAUAAAAAAGUUGUUAGUCUGUCAUGUCUUUGAAAGAACUUUACAGACUAUAGUUGAACUGUAAUUAAUUUUAAUGACUAAGAGCUGCAGUGCUCAUCACAGAUCAUCAAACAGAUCACAGACAGCUGCAAAUUAACAAUUAAGUACUUUAGAAAAAGAAUUCAAAGAGGUUGUGUCAUAGUUUAACCCCAGCUGGCAACUAAGCACCAUAUAGCCAAUCGCUCACUCCUUGAACAUCAGCCUGGACAGGAUGCCUCUCUAACUGUGUUUUUCUUCAUUUGUUUUGACUAGUCCUGACUCAUUAUUUAAAAUUCCUCAGUGGUUAAGGCUUUUCCAGCAAAUGCAGUGACAGUUUUUGUGUACUGCAGCUCGGUGACAGUUUUCUUCACGGUAAUAAAGGUGAUCAGCUACCGUUUACACCUUAUGUUUGACAAAGGCGAAGUAAUUCAACAAAAGCUUUCAAGAAAAAAUGGAAGGCAAUGUAAAGAUACAGAGGUUCAAAAAGGAGAAGCGGCUGAGUCCUCAAAUUGUAGCAAUAACUCUGGGGAUCACGUCGUCGGUGAGACCAGCCCCAAUGGCUCCACGCAGACAAUUCCUGACAGUUCCAGAGUGCAGGCCCCGCACUCGCAGGACUCACCUGGAGCCACGGACCUGCCAACACGGGAAACUAUUGAAGAUCUUAGAGGUGUUAUGGUACUAGAAGAUCAGGCUACACCACCAGUUUCAUCUACCUCACCCUGUAUCAAAGCAGAUACAUUGCCUGUUUCUACAACCUCCAGUUCAGGUGCCAUCACAUCAGCAAUAGCAACAAAACCAGCUGGUAUGGAACAAUUUCCUGGUGAUGGAGUAAAGGAAAAGGGAUUGAAUGGACAGCCUUGUGGCCACCAUGGAUCCCAAGAUAUUCUUGUGGAGAGAGACGUAGCUAAAAACUUCUCCAAUAUUUCUUCAUCACAAGGUGAUAUUUUAAGGACUGGAGUUUCUUCAGAGCCAUGGGACAGUGAAAAUUCUGUUAUUUCAGACCAUUUAAGUAAUCCUAGAAGCUACAAAAGAGAGAAAUUGCCAGAUGGAUCACCACAGACAGGCUUUCCCAAUUACUGCCCACAGUGCAAUGCUAUUGCAGCCAAAGAGCACGAGCAGAUGGAAAGCUCUUGCAAUGCUGAUAAUAGCCAUGAGGACCUUGAUUGCUCAGACAGUGAGACUGCUGUUGCAGUUGUGGACAAUUCUCUUCCUGGAGACCAGCUGUGUGAGCCCAUUAAAAUUGUCAUCACAAUGAGUACUACACCAAACACCACCCUUAGUGACCUACCUGGCUCUGUCCACUUACAGGCCCUGGAAAGUGAGAGAACAAGCUCAGCCCUUGACUCUGGUGUAGUUAGAGCAGGCUGGUCAAGUCAGCAAACUAAUGAACAGCUCAGAAUUCCUGUUAUCACAUUUGACUUGUCUGAUGACAGUAAAGCCAAGCCUUGCUCAGAAGUUAGUGAAAGUGACAGAACUCCAGAAAUGUUGAGGGCAGAGCUGUCAUCCAACCAAUGCUCUGGCUAUGAGUCAGGUGAUGCAGUAAAGGAGCUCAGCAACCCAGCUAAUACACCUCUAGAAACUAACACUUGUUCAGAUCCAAAUCAGGAAAAUGCUUUGGAAAAUGUCCAGACUGUGGAUUUAAGUUCUAAGGAAGACUUGCAUAACCUAGACCCGCAGUCCUGCAGAACUGCUCAUGAAAAGAGGCACAUGCGUGUGUUGAGUGUAGACAGUGGGACAGACGUGCUUUUAAGUAAGAAUUUUGUGGAGGUAUCUGACAAAGAAAAGACCUUACCAACCUCUAAAUCAGAUCUAGAAGCUAAAGAAGGUCAGAUGCCCAACGAAUCUAACUUUCUAGAAUUUGUCUCCCUCUUGGAAUCCAUUAAUACCUCAAAGAUGAAGACAUCUAAUCAAUCCACUGUCAAAAUGGAGACAACAAAGGAAAAUGGGCUUGUUGGAGAUAGCCAGACGACGGAGAGAAAAGAAGAAUUGGUGGGAACAGAAAAGCACUGUGAGCAACUUCCUAAACAGGAAAGAUCAGAUGUACAAAGCCAAGAUCGUGCUAGUACUAGUCCGGUGCUACCAGAGUCUGCCAAAUUUGCAGCACUUUACCAGGGCAGCAGGCAAAGGCAGAUAAUCUACCGGGUAACUUCUCAGCAAGACAGUUCUGUCUUGCAAGUAAUAAGUGGACCUGAGGCGUCUGUGCAAGAUGAGCUCUCCGUGGAUGCCAUGCAUGUGUUCAUAGAUGAAAACGGGGAAAUCAGGUCCUGCUACUUAAAAGCUGGCUGUCAGAAGGAAGGAAAUUUUAGACAUCAGCUAUCAAAUUGUGAUUGUAUGUCAAAUGCUCAUGAAAUACAGUUCAGCUCCUCCAGCACUACCACUUCAGAGAGCCAAGAGCCAUCUUCUGGGGAUCAAGCAGCCAGCGCUCUUCAGCAGCAGCUCCUGCUGAUGGUGGCCAGAAGGACCCUUUCAGAAAACCCACGGCAGCCCAGCCAGGACCCUGAGGAUUCUUCAUGUUCUUCAGCACAGCGGAAGCUGAACAGGCAGUUUUACAGAUUUGUUAUAUUCCCUGGCAAGUGGAUUAAAGUCUGGUAUGAUCGUCUUACCUUGUUGGCAUUGUUGGACAGGACAGAAGAUAUAAAGGAAAAUGUGUUUGCUGUCCUUCUAGUAGUUCUUGUUUCCCUUCUUGGGUUCCUGACUCUGAACCAGGGCUUCUGUAAAGACAUUUGGGUUCUGCUGUUCUGUCUCGUAAUGGCCAGCUGCCAGUAUUCUCUCCUCAAGAGUGUUCAGCCUGAUCCUGCUUCGCCCAUACAUGGACACAAUAAAAUCAUAAUCUACAGCAGACCUGUAUAUUUUUGUAUAUUGUGUGGCCUUAUUUUGCUGCUAGAUGCUGGAUCUAAAGACACAAAUCCUCCUGUUUAUACAAUGUAUGGCCUGAAGCUCUUCUCACCCAGGUCUCUCCAGUCAGCCAGAGACCAUGUAAUAGUGUUUUUGUAUUGCUUUCCUGCAAUUUCUCUUCUUGGACUUUUCCCUCAAAUCAAUACCUUCUGCAUAUAUCUUUUGGAACAAAUAGAUAUGUUGCUUUUUGGUGGUUCUGCUGCUGCUGGGUUUGUGUCUGCAUUGUACAGCAUUUCCCGAAGCUUUGUUGUUCUGAUUGUCCUAUAUGCCUUCUGCUUCAGUGCAGUGAAGGAACCCUGGGAUGCACAGCACAUUCCAGCACUGUUCUCUGCUUUCUGUGGUCUGCUAGUUGCACUUUCUUAUCACCUCAGCAGACAAAGCAGCGACCCAUCUGUGCUGAUGUCCCUUAUUCAGUGUAAAUACAUCCCUCACUAUCUACGCCAGCGAUUUGAAGAUUCAUCAGAAGAUCCACUCCCGGAAAAAAUGAGAGAAUCAGUGAAAGAAAUCUUGAAAUCGGAUCUCAUUGUCUGCACAGCAGCUGCUGUUCUGUCGUUUGCUGUCAGUGCCAGUACUGUGUUUCUGUCACUAAGGCCAUUUCUCAGCAUUGUGCUGUUUGCUUUAGCGUGGACAGUGGGAUUUGUAACACAUUACAUCCUUCCUCAGCUCCGCAAGCAUCACCCCUGGCUGUGGAUCUCCCACCCCAUACUCAAAAGCAAAGAGCACCAGCAGCGGGAAGUGAGAGAUGCUGCUCAUUUGAUGUGGUUUGAAAGGCUUUAUGUGUGGCUACAGUGCUUUGAGAAAUACAUUUUAUAUCCAGCCAUAAUACUGAAUGCACUCACCAUUGAUGCUUUCUCAAUUAGUAAAUACAAGAAGCUUGGUACACACUGUGACAUUAUCCUGAUAACAGUUGCUGGGAUGAAACUCCUCCGCUCCUCAUUCUGUAAUCCUAUUAAUCAGUUUGUUACUUUGAGCUUUACUGUGAUCUUCUUCCGAUUUGACUACAGAGAUAUUUCAGAAAAUUUUUUGCUGGAUUUUUUCAUGAUGUCCAUUGUGUUUCAUAAGCUGUGGGACCUACUGCAGAAGUUGCAGUUCAUCAUGACAUACAUUGCUCCCUGGCAAAUUGCCUGGGGGUCGUCGUUCCAUGUUUUCGCUCAGCUCUUUGCAAUACCUCACUCCGCUAUGCUUUUUUUUCAAACUCUGGCUGCUUCAGUCUUUUCUACACCACUCAGUCCAUUUCUGGGUAGUGUCAUCUUCAUCGCAUCGUACGCACGGCCGAUCAAGUUCUGGGAGAAAAACUACAACACCAAAAGGUCAGACCAUUCCAACACCAGACUGGCAAUUCAGAUCGAAAAGGAUGCAGGAAAUGAUGACAAUAAUCUCAACUCCAUUUUUUAUGAGCAUUUGACAAGAUCUCUGCAGGAGUCUCUUUGUGGAGAUUUGAUCCUGGGCCGCUGGGGAAACUACAACACAGGAGACUGUUUUAUUCUGGCAUCGGAUUAUUUAAAUGCCUUUGUGCACUUGAUCGAAAUUGGAAAUGGCCUUGUCACCUUUCAGCUCAGAGGGCUUGAAUUUCGAGGGACAUACUGCCAGCAGAGAGAGGUGGAAGCUAUAACAGAAGGAGAUGAAGACAACGAAGGCUGCUGCUGUUGUAAGCCCGGGCACUUGCCUCACCUGCUGUCCUGCAAUGCAGCCUUUAACCUGCGCUGGCUGACGUGGGAGAUCACGCGCACCCAGUACAUCCUGGAGGGAUACAGCAUCAUUGACAACAACGCUGCCACCAUGCUGCAAGUGUUCGACCUGCGCAGAAUCCUUAUCAGAUACUAUAUCAAGAGUAUAAUAUACUUUACAGCAAGUUCUCCCAAAAUCCUGGACUGGAUAAAAGAUGAAUCCAUCCAAAAGAUACUGCAGCCUUAUGCAAAGUGGCAUUAUAUUGAGCGUGACCUUGCAAUGUUUAACGUUAACAUAGAUGAAGAUUAUGUUCCGUGUCUCCAAGGGAUAACAAGAGCUAGCUUCUGCAGUGUUUAUCUGGACUGGAUUCAGUUCUGUGCCAGGAAGAGGGUGGAGCACCUGGACAGCGAUGAGGAUUCUCCUCUAGUGACACUUUCCUUUGCCUUGUGUAUACUGGGUCGGAGAGCUUUGGGAACUGCAUCUCACAAUAUGGCCAUCAGCUUGGAUUCCUUCCUUUAUGGGCUCCAUGCACUGUUUAAAGGAGACUUCCGCAUAGCAGCGAAAGACGAGUGGGUCUUUGCAGACAUGGAUCUGUUGCAUAAGGUUGUUGCCCCAGCAAUCCGAAUGUCUCUGAAGCUACACCAGGACCAGUUCACGUGCCCAGAUGAGUAUGAGGACCCAGCAGUUUUGUACGAAGCCAUCCAAUCCUUUGAAGAAAAGGUUGUGAUUUGUCAUGAAGGGGACCCGGCCUGGCGCAGUGCAGUCCUGUCCAACAGGGAGGAGCUGCUGACUCUCAGACAUGUGGUAGAUGAAGGAGCAGAUGAAUAUAAAGUUAUCAUGCUCCACAAAAGCUACCUGAGCUUCAAGGUGAUCAAGGUCAACAAGGAGUGUGUCAGAGGGCUUUGGGCUGGCCAGCAGCAGGAGCUGAUUUUCUUACGCAAUCGUAACCCGGAGAGAGGAAGCAUCCAGAACAAUAAACAGGUGUUGCGGAACUUAAUUAAUUCUUCAUGUGAUCAGCCACUGGGAUAUCCAAUGUAUGUUUCCCCCUUAACCACCUCGUACCUUGGGACACACAGCCAACUGAGGAACAUUUGGGGGGGACCUGUCAGUUUGGACAACAUUAAAAAGUGGUUCAAAUCCAAGUGGUUAAGAAUGCGAAAGGACUGCCAUGCAGCAGCUCACCAUGAGAGAGGCAAUGUUGAAGAGGUGGAUAGUGCAGGGGGGUCUUCAUCUAGCAACAAUUCCACAGGGAAUUCAAGCCAGAGCAGUAGCUCACAGCCCACCAGGGAUGGAACCCCUCAGCUGCAAACUUCAUCUCAAGAGGUCCACCAGCGGGCAGGCAGGAGAAAACCCAGGAGUCAGUCUGUCCAGGCACACACUGCUUUAAACCAAAGGCCCCCUGCUUCAAGUCACUCUGGACCAAUUGUAGAAAGCCGGCAGCCUUUCAUCCAAACGUCUACAUCUGCCCACGAAAUUGCCCAAAGGCUUUCUAGUAGUCAGCUAUCAUUCCACAACUCUGCAACAUCUGUGUUUUCUCAGUCCCCUGCUGUUCCUGUUGCUGGCCAGCUGACUGUGCAGGACCGAGCUGCAGCAAUGCUCAGGUCCAGCCUGGCCUCCUCCACCAGCUCAACUCUCAGCCUGCUGUUCGGCAAGAGAAGUUUCUCAAGUGCUUUAGUGAUUUCUGGGCUCUCGGCUGCAGACGGAGGCAACACGAGUGACACACAGUCAUCCAGCAGCAUGAACAUCGCCAUGGGGCCGUCUGCCAGAGCAGCAAGCCAGGCAGCUCGGCAAGUCACUGAGACCUGUGAGGCAACAGAUACUACAGAAACAAGACCCCAGCGGGAGGCGGGUCCGGCCCAUGCACUAUUCAUGAGUCGGAACCUGGAGUGCAGGAGGGCCAGCCAAGAAGACAUGGCCCUGGAAGACACCGCUUCUCAGCAGAGCCUGUCUGAGGAGCAGUAAGGAGCAUUCCUAGCACAAGGGCCACACGCUUCUUAGCAUUAAAUACAGAGUUAGGUCAGGAAGAUGCACAUGGGUUUAGGUUCUUUCCGAUGUAAUAAGCAACCUUCAAAUGUUUAUUUUUCUAACUUCCACACAAGAAUAUUACAGGACAGAUGUUCUUCAGCUAAUGGCCUUGGAAUGGGUAGGGUUGGAAAAUAUCCUAAAAAACACACAGUGCCACUUCAUCUCAGGUUCUUGUAAAUCCUAGAACAAUGAAUACAACCUGUUUAACGUUCCUUCCCCUGGAAUGGUUAGAAUCACAAACAAAUACAGUAGGAAAUAUUAAUACAACUCAGUGAAAAGCACACAAAAAACAUCUCUUUCCUGCCAUAACUAAACAGCUGAUUGCAUGCAAACUAAUUGAAAUUUGGUAUAUAACAUAUAGCAAGAGGCAACUAAGAACAGAAGCAAUGAAUACAUAAAAGGACAGUACAGUGUCCUGUAACAUUAGAGCUAAAUCUGAUUUUUUUUUUUUCCAACAGCAAAUCUCAUUUUUCUUUGAUGUAUUAUGCGGGUGCUAAUGCUGAAUAGCGACACAGCCUCUCAGACUGAUAUACUGCAUGCAGCCAUACUGAAAUAUUGUGUGAACGAGCCACACUACACCAAUUAACAAAAGUGUAAGAAGAGAAAGUAUCCAGUGCAUGGAAAGUCUUCAGAGCAUAUGGUGCACCUUAUCUGCAAAGCAGCUUUGCAUAAAUUAGGUAUUAUCUUGUGCUCCUGUUUGGUUUACAGCAGUGUUUCUCAAAUUCUAAGCAACAGUACCCUUAGGAGUCGCAAAAGGGCCAUGGGGAAUCCUCCUCAAGGACAAAGCAGGCUGUAAUUACUGUCUGGAAGUGUUUAUGUUAGGAAGGGAACAGCUAAAUACCUUUAAUUGCUGGACACAGCUCACUGUCCAUAAACACUUGUAGCCAGUAAUUACAAAGCCUUCUGACUUCCCUCCCCCAGAGAAAACUGAGCUGCUGCCAAUAAAGACAGAUGAUACAAAAAGGGAGGCUAUGCCUUCACACGGUUUGAAAAACACCAAUUUACAGGAAUGCAUGACUACUUUGAAACCCAAAAAGCUACAACAAAUCCUUCCUCUACUACAGAGUCUAAACAAACACACAUGUGGGUUUUUUUCAAUUAAAAAAAAUUUGCAGCUAUCAGUGUCUUGCUGUUCCUCUUUACUGUAACUACCAUAGAUUGUUUCUAAAUCUCAACACAAUGAUGUGCAGCCAGGCUGUCUUGUCCCAAUUAACAAGAUUUAACAAGAGAUGCUGUAGCUAAGUCUCAUUACUCUUAGGCAAUACUCAGUUGCAUUCUGAGCUUCCUACUGUGCCACACUUCAGAUCUGAGUAGAACUAAGACUGAGUGAAAAUAAAAUGAUCCAAGUA